AUGCACGGAGCCGCUCGCGCUCCGGCCACCAGUGUGAGUGCCGACUGCUGCAUCCCAGCCGGCCUGCGCCUCGGGCCGGUGCCUGGAACCUUCAAGCUGGGCAAGUACCUGUCAGACCGCAGGGAACCCGGGCCCAAGAAAAAGGUGCGCAUGGUGAGAGGGGAGCUGGUGGACGAGUCGGGGGGCUCCCCCCUGGAGUGGAUAGGGUUAAUCCGGGCAGCCAGGAACCCCCAGGAACAGACUCUGGAAGCUAUUGCAGACUUACCCGGAGGACAGAUCUUCUAUCGAGCAUUGCGAGACGUCCAGCCAGGGGAGGAGCUGACCGUGUGGUAUUCCAACUCCUUGGCGCAGUGGUUCGACAUACCCAUCAUUGCAACUCCAACGCACGACGAGAAAGGGGAGGAGCGCUACAUUUGCUGGUACUGCUGGAGGACGUUUAGAUAUCCCAACAGCCUUAAAGCACAUCUACGUUUCCACUGCGUGCUCAGCAGCGGCGGGGGCCGCGCCUACCUGCACCACGAGCAAGCGGCUCGCCAAGCCGCUGCCCCGGCCGCGGAUGGCCUUCGCCUUUCCCCGAAACCCCCGGCGUCAGAUUUCGCUGCGGCCGCCCCGGCGACCACUCUUCGACCGCACCCGCAGGUCCCACCGGCCCCUCAGGCUUGCGGAGCGCGGGAGAGCAUCAAGCGCGAGGCCUCCUCCGCGCCCUCCGCCACGCCACCUACCCCGGCCAAGUGGGGGCCGUCCAAGAAGGGAAAAGAGCAGCCGGACCGCGCUCUGGACAUGAGUGGUCCCGCCCGAGGACAUGGCCACUUCCUUGGCAUCGUGGGCGGUUCCCCAGCGGGGGGCGGCCUCGCUUUCUACCCAGGCGUGCGCUCGGCUUUCAAGCCUGCUGGCUUGGCCAGGGCAGCCGCCGCCACGCACGGCGACCCCUACCGGGACGAGGGCGGCGGCAAACCCGGGGCCGGCCUGGCUUUAAGCAGGCUGCUGGGCGGGGGACGGGCAGGCGGACACCCGAGAAGCGGGGAGAACCCGGCGGCUGGCGGCGCUGGCCACCACCAUCACCACCAUGCGCACCACCAUCACCAUCCCAAGUGCCUACUCGCGGGGGACCCGCCGCCGCCUCCUGGCCUGCCCUGCUCCGCGGCUCUGCGCGGCUUCCCUCUGCUCCCCGGGCCCCCGGAAGAGGCGUCCGCCUUCAAGCACGUGGAGCGCGCCCCGCCCGCCGCCGCCGAGCUACCAGGAGCGCGUUACGCGCAGCUGCCCCCCGCAGCCGGGCUGCCCCUCGAACGCUGCUCGCUGCCACCCCUCGACGCGGGCGGCCUCAAAGGCUACCCGGGUGGCGAGUGCAGCCACCUGCCGGCCGUCAUGCCGGCCUUUACCGUCUACAACGGGGAGCUCCUGUACGGCUCACCAGCCGCCGCCGCUUAUUACCCGCUCAAACUGCACUUCGGCGGGCUGCUCAAGUAUCCGGAGUCCAUCUCUUACUUCAGCGGGCCCGCGGCGGCGGCCGCUCUGAGCCCGGCCGAGCUGGGCUCCCUGGCUAGCAUUGACCGAGAGAUCGCCAUGCACACGCAGCAGUUGUCGGAGAUGGCAGCGGGGAAAGGCCGCGGCCGCCUGGACGCGGGGACGCUGCCCCCGGCCGUCGUGGCGGCGGGCGGCGCCGGGGGAGCCGGCAGUGGGGGCGGCAGCGGCGCGGGCAAGCCCAAGACGGGUCACCUGUGCCUCUACUGCGGCAAGCUGUACUCGCGCAAGUACGGGCUCAAGAUCCACAUGCGGACGCACACGGGCUACAAGCCGCUCAAGUGCAAGGUGUGCCUGCGGCCCUUCGGCGACCCCAGCAAUCUCAACAAGCACAUCCGGCUGCACGCCGAGGGCAACACGCCCUACCGCUGCGAGUUCUGCGGCAAGGUGCUGGUACGCCGCCGGGACCUGGAGCGCCACGUCAAGUCUCGCCACCCCGGCCAGAACCUGCUCCCCAAGGCGGCCGACGGCCCGGGCGCCGAGCCUCACUACCCCCCGGAGCCGGGAGAGCCCAAGAGCGACAACGACAGUGACGUGGACGUCUGCUUCACCGACGACCAGAGCGACCCCGAGGCCGGGGGCGGUGGCGAACGCGACGAGUAA